AUGGGGAUCUCUCAUCAGACCAAAAGACCCUCAUCAGGAAGGCCUGGAAGCAGCAAAGCCUCGACCCCCACGCCACGACGCGGUCACGCGGCGCAAAACCGCUCCACGCCCGUUCGGACAGUGCACAUCCGACCACUGCCCGCACGAAACCCACCCCCACGCAAACAGCACGCUCAGACCGCGCAGACACACAAGGUGCCUAACCAUCUGACGCAGACACACAGGGCAAGCUCGCAGUCUGCACACUGCUGCCCGACGCCGCCCCAUGAGCAGUACACAGCACACAGCGAUCACUCAGGCUGCACCUUCUACUGCUAUUUCUGCUACUGCUGUUACUGCUGCUGCCUCACGUUGCUCUCUUUCUCUCUCCUCCUCCUCCUGUCUCCACUUCCCAACGCUCCUCCCUCUGCUUCCCUCUCCACUUUGUCCUCAAAUACCAUCCUUCCUCCUUCCCCCUCCCCCCCCUCGCGAUCAUCAACUUCCUGUUUGGAUGAACUUUCCUGUAUCUUACCUGACGUCAACCUGACUUCUUCUGCUGUGUCUCCCUGCUGCCCUGUGCCACCUUGUCUCAUCUCUAAUGAUUCUUUCCCUCUCUUCUACAUCUCAUCUCAUGACUUCACUACUUCUGACCAACUCACUUCCUCUUGCCACUGUUCCUCUUCUACAUCUUCUUCUUCCUCUUCCGUGACCUCUGACUCCUUCUUCCCUCCUCAUCCUCCUGUCCUCUGCCGGCCGUGGCCUUCUUCGCGCUCUCUUUCCUCCCUGCUCCUCUGCCCUCCCAGCUUUGUGGAUCCAGUCUUAUCCUAUGCAUCGACUUUGGAGCACAUCCCCUCUGGGCCGGCCCGGCCUCGGACGCUGCUACGCCAGCAGAGUCUUCAGCAGCCUCUCAUCCACCCAUCGGGCCCUGGUCUCGGCCAUCCUCCCACCACAUCCCAGAGCUUGGGACAGUUACACACUGCACCUGGACAGCCUGGGGGAGGCGGGGGUGCUGGGAGAGGAGAGGGAGGUGGCAGUGGUGGUGAGGGUGGGGGUACAGGUACACGAGGUGGUCCCCGAGUCGCAAGGGGCAGCCCAACAGGAGCAGGUGCCUCUCGCUAUAGGGGAGGUGGAGCAGGAGGGCGCUCACGUGCCAAUCCUGGCAGCUGGGAUUACAUGAUGGACCAGAUCCGGAAUCGUGGCCUGGACGUCAAGUCCUUCCUGGGCAACAAGCCAGCUAACAGCCCCAAGGGCCAACCCCCUGAUGCUGAUGGUCACUCCUCCGUAACUGACCUGGCCAACUCUCUCACCGGAGACAUGGUGAUGCUGUCUCCAGGUUCGGAGGAUGAUGAUGGUGAAGGGCCUAUCAGUGAGAAGCUAGGCCGGAUCCAGUUCAGCAUAGGUUACAGCUUCCAGAACACGACUCUCACAGUCAAAGUUCUCAGGGGCCAGGACCUCCCGGCCAAGGACUUCUCCGGCACCUCCGACCCCUUCGUCAAGAUCUACCUGCUGCCCGACAAGAAGCACAAGCUGGAAACCAAGGUCAAGAGGAAGAACCUCAACCCCCACUGGAACGAAACCUUCCUGUUUGAAGGCUUCCCUUAUGAGAAGGUGAGAGAGCGCACUCUUUACCUUCAGGUCUUGGACUACGACCGCUUCAGCAGGAAUGACCCCAUUGGAGAGGUGUCAAUCCCCCUUAACAAGGUGGAACUGGGCCAGAUAAAGACCUUCUGGAAGGAGCUCAAGCCCUGCAGUGAUGGCAGUGGGAGACGAGGAGACCUGCUGGUUUCACUCUGCUAUAAUCCCACUGCCAACACCAUCACUGUGAACAUCAUCAAAGCGCGCAAUCUCAAAGCCAUGGAUAUCGGGGGCACCUCAGAUCCCUAUGUGAAGGUGUGGCUAAUGCACAAGGACAAGCGUGUAGAGAAGAAGAAAACAGUGGUGAUGAAGCGCUGUCUGAACCCCAUUUUCAACGAGUCCUUCCCCUUCGACGUGCCCGCCCAUGUGCUGAGAGAGACCACCAUCAUCAUCACCGUUAUGGACAAAGACAGGCUCAGCCGCAACGACGUUAUCGGCAAGAUCUACCUGUCGUGGAAGAGUGGACCGGCGGAGGUGAAGCACUGGAAAGACAUGCUCGCUCGGCCACGUACUAACGUCGCCCAGUGGCACGCUCUCAAGGCCUGA